CACGGUUUAAUAGCUAACAUUUUUCAUCUAGAAUUAUAUUUACCUUGGAACAGGGUUUUAUUUACAAGCCCAAUUUUCUUCCUCUCACUCGCAUUUUUAGUCUAUUAGGGUUUCACUGUGGAGAGUCACUGAGGAAGCGGAAGCCAUGGGAGAACGAAAACCGAUCCCUUUGGGGCUCUCUUUACUUCUCCUGUUAAUUGCUUGUUCUUCGUUUCACAUGCUUUGCACUUCUGAUGAUCACGAUGAUGCGAUCUUCUACGAGUCAUUUGACGAAGAUUUUGAAGGCCGUUGGAUUGUGUCCGAGAAGGAUGACUACAAAGGUGUGUGGAAGCAUGAGAAGAGUGAAGGGCAUGAUGAUUAUGGACUUCUUGUCAGUGAGAAGGCCAAGAAAUACGCCAUAGUCAAAGAACUUGAGCCUGUAAGUCUUAAGGAUGGAACAGUUGUUCUCCAGUUUGAGACUCGUCUACAGAAUGGCCUUGAAUGUGGCGGUGCAUAUUUGAAGUAUCUCCGACCACAGGAGGUCGGAUGGAAACCCAAGGAAUUUGACAAUGAAUCUCCAUAUUCUAUCAUGUUCGGUCCUGACAAAUGUGGGGCCACAAACAAGGUGCACUUUAUUUUCAAGCAUAAGAAUCCCAAGAGCGGGGAGUAUGUAGAACAUCAUCUGAAGUUUCCCCCAUCUGUCCCAUCUGACAAACUAUCUCAUGUAUACACUGCUAUUUUGAAGACUGACAAUGAGUUGCGAAUUUUGAUUGAUGGGGAGGAGAAGAAAAAGGCAAAUUUCUUAUCUUCAGAUGAUUUUGAGCCUCCACUUAUCCCUCCCAAGACAAUCCCUGAUCCUGAUGAUAAGAAACCCGAGGACUGGGAUGAGAGACCCAAAAUUCCAGACCCAAAUGCUGUGAAGCCAGAUGACUGGGAUGAGGAUGCACCCAUGGAAAUUGAAGAUGAAGAAGCUGAGAAGCCUGAAGGAUGGUUAGAUGAUGAGCCUGAGGAGAUAGAUGACCCAGAUGCAACUAAACCAGAAGAUUGGGAUGACGAGGAGGAUGGUGAGUGGGAAGCCCCUAAAAUUGAUAACCCAAAGUGUGAAGCAGCCCCUGGUUGUGGUGAGUGGAAGAGACCAAUGAAGAGGAAUCCAGCUUACAAGGGAAAAUGGCAUGCUCCCCUCAUUGAGAACCCCAAUUACAAGGGUAUAUGGAAGCCUCGGGACAUUCCUAAUCCAGACUACUUCCAACUUGAGAAACCUGAUUUUGAGCCUAUUGCUGCUAUUGGCAUUGAGAUUUGGACAAUGCAAGAUGGCAUCCUCUUCGACAAUAUUUUGAUAGCCAAAGACGAUAGUAUUGCAGAGUCUUAUCGGGAGACUACAUGGAAGCCUAAAUUUACUGUUGAGAAAGAGAAACAAAAGGCUGAAGAGUUGGCUCCCGAAGCAGGUGGCCUUGCAGCUUACCAGAAGAAGGUUUUUGAGCUCUUAUACAAGAUUGCGGACAUUCCCUUUCUCAGUUCCUACAAGCUUAAGAUAUUUGAUCUGGUUGAAAAGGCAGAGAAGCAACCCAAUCUAACGAUUGGAAUUCUUGCAUCCAUUAUAGUAGUCGUCUUGACAAUUUUCUUCAAGAUUAUAUUUGGAGGGAAGAGGCCUGCAAGAGUUGAGAGGACAAACGAGCAACCGGCAGAAACUUCCAAUAAUCAAGGCAGUGCUGAGAGAGAAGAGGACGAAGACAGGGAGGAAACAUCUGCUGCUCCCCGAAGGAGGCCAAGGCGAGAGACUUAACACCAUUGGUUGAAUAUGGAUGGUUGAAACGUGCGGCUAUCAGGAUCAUUGCUUGAUAAGUUUUGUGCUUGGUAGAACGAACUUAGGUCGAUUCAAUAGCAGUUUGUUUUCAUAAUUCACUUUUGCAUUUUGAGAUAUGGAUAUGCUUAAGGAGUGUAAAUCAGGACGUGCUUGUACAAUUGUUUAUCUUUAUUUUUACGCUAGUGGAAUUGGAUUUCCCCCCUUUUUGGGUAAAAGUGGAAGUGGAUUUCUUCUGUUGUCA